GUCUCAAAUCCACCAUUUUCCCUUUGUAACUAACCGGUGUUCAAAACACGUGCGUACGAUCAAGUUACAUGGAAAACUUGUGUGAUCACGGUGCAUAUUGAAUAAAUAGUUACGCUAAAAAGUGCGCCGUGUUUUGAUAAACAGGCAACGUGUAUUAAAAUAACAUAAUGAACACCGAAAAGCUAAAGAAAUUGCAGUCACAGGUCCGCAUCGGCGGUAAGGGCACACCGAGACGCAAGAAAAAGGUUGUUCACGUUACCGCGGCGACAGAUGACAAGAAAUUGCAAUCUUCGCUUAAAAAGUUGUCAGUAAACACCAUUCCUGGCAUCGAGGAGGUGAAUAUGAUAAAAGAUGACGGUACAGUGAUACACUUUAACAAUCCUAAAGCGCAAGCAUCCCUCGCGGCGAACACUUUUGCCAUCACCGGUCAUGGGGAGAACAAGCAGAUCGCCGAGAUGCUCCCCGGUAUCCUCAGUCAGCUUGGUCCUGAGGGUCUGAACCAGCUCAAGAGGUUGGCGUCGAGCGUCGCCGCGCCGAAACCACUGGACGAAGACGAUGAGGUCCCUAACCUAGUCGGCAACUUCGAUGAGGCAUCGAAGCAGGAGGCCAAGGAAGUGAUCACAAACGAGAAGGAGAAAGAAAAGGAAAAGGAGAAGGAAAAACCCGAAAAGAAACCAGAAUCAGAAACCAAAGCUGCGGAUAAAAAAACCGAUUAAACUUUAGAGUCGGCCACAAUGGUGUAGUUUUUAAUUAUGCUCACCCAGUGAAUUAGGGUUUCCAAAGCCACAGAGGUGUCUCAAAUAGUUCUCAUUUUAUUUUACAUUGUGUUCCUAAAUAAAUGUACUCUCAUUUAUAAUUUUUAUAUUUAUUCAUUUGAGUAAAUUGUGAAUGUGUUAAGUUGGUACAGGGACACUGUAUGCUAAUGGUUUUUUUUUAAAUUUCAUGAUUGUGUGACUUUGGAAACCUCCACCAUCCUGAUUUAAAACUGCUUAACUCUUAUGCCAUGCACUAAUACAUUACUUUUAGUUUUAUAUUGUAACAUACAGCAUAAUGGGAUAUGAAACAUGUCUAUUCUAUUAUAAUAGGUCUUAGUUAAGUGUUGUAAUGAACCUAUUGUUGAGAUAUUGGCGAUAUAGGUUACAUUUAUAUGAAAAAGAAUAUAACAUAUACAUUAUUUUUGACAGUGCACCAGGAAAUCAUAGAGUAUAUAAUAAUAUGUAUAGCAAAUAAGGUGUUAAGAACCUUAUAAUAUUUUUAAAUAAUAUUUUCUAAAGUUGUUGAUUCAAGUCCGAAGUAACGGUUUGCUUUCUAAAAAAUAGAUUUUAAAAGAAAACAUUAGUCACAGGUAGCUCUUUAGGUUAUGGAGCUAACAUUGUAUAAAUAAAAUUAUAAAAAUUGCAAAAAUUGUAAAUGAUUAGAGUUUGGUAUGUGGAGAGAACAUUAAAACUUUGAUCGAGGAAAA